UGUCUGUCUCUACACAAGCAAGCCUUUUACAAGGACUCAGAAACAUACAAAGGAUGAAGUGGUGGUUCCUCUACUGGCUGAUCCAGUCUUUGGUGUCUCAUAUCCUAACUGGAUAUGAUCCCAUGGAUUGUAUGAUCAGAGCAGAUUCAUAUUUGACAGAAUCUCAGUCCGACAGCACUAUCAAAGCUGUGGAGAGGCUAGAAGAUUGUCUAGAUAAAGCACAAGUCACUGAGAACACACCCAUAUGUUUUGGUCGUUUUGUGGCCUUCAUGCACAAACCCAAAGGCCCCUUCAAAGGCCUCAAGUUGUAUGCCAGUGAGACUGAGGCCAUGUCAGAGAAGGCUGUGGCUAACAGUACGCUGAGUGUUCAGCUGCCCAGUGAGUUGGACGUUGGAUCAAACAACUCGAUUGUGUUCUGUGUGCUUACCUGGCCUGAAAAACAGGGGCACAUAUGGGGAUCCCCAGGUGUGGUGCAUGGGAGCAAACUGAUUGGCCUGAGUGUGGGGAAGACUAUUUCAGGACUACAGGAGCGUGUUAACAUCACCAUGAAUCUUACCAUGGGCGUAAAUGAGACUGAAGAACCCAGUUGUGUGUUCUUUAAUUUUACAGAAGAGAAAUACAGCAGUAACGGCUGCCUAACAUUGUGGAAACGAGGUCAGAGUCAGGUCACCUGUUCCUGUGACCACCUCACAUACUUUGGCGUGCUCUUGGUUUCAGCUUCCCUCUCACCUACAAACCAGAAGGUCCUCACAUACAUCAGUCUGAUUGGCUGCAGCAUUUCUCUCUUCGCCCUCGUCAUCACUGUUCUGCUCUUCAUCUCAAAAAGAAAUAUCCGUGGAGAUGUGUCUAUGAAGGUCCACAUCAACCUGGCCAUUGCCCUGAUCCUCCUUAACCUGCACUUCCUCCCUAGUGACAUAGUCGCAUCAAAUUCCUCCCGUGGGGUUUGCCUCUACAUGGCGCUUUUGCUUCACUAUUCCCUGCUGGCCACCUUCUGCUGGAUGGCUGUGGAGGGUUUCCACCUCUACCUUCUCAUAGUCAGGGUCUUUAACAUCUAUGUACGGAAAUAUCUGCUCAAACUCAGCUUGGUGGGAUGGGGUGUUCCUGCAGUCAUCGUGUCCCUGGUUGUCAUCAUAGACACAGAUGCUUAUGGCCGUGUUCCUCUCGACUCAUCUGAACCCAACAGCACUGCAAUAUGCUAUAUAGGCAAUGACAUUGUGAAGAUGGUAACUACAGUAGGGAUGUUCGGCUUGGUGUUUAGCUUUAACCUGAUUAUGUUUGGGGUGGCAAUCAGACGUGUUGUCAGCCCCCACCAUAUCAAAAAGUUUGGGCAGACAGACCGUGACAGAGCCAAGCGAGACAUCUGCACCCUACUGGGAGUCUCCACUUUGCUUGGCAUCACCUGGGGCUUGAUCUUCUUUUCAUUCGGCCACCUGACUACUCCUGGCCUCUAUCUCUUCUGCGUCAUUAAUUCACUGCAAGGUUUCUUCAUCUUUCUGUGGUUCGUCAUGUCUUUGAGAAAGAUUGGACACCCAUCUACUACUAAGAGCAUUGAAACACGUAGCACCAACAGCCGUUGAUACUGACAACACACUCAGAUAUUUGGUGUCCGCAUGUGUGUGUGUGUGUGUGUGUGUGUGUGUGUGUGUGUGUGUGUGUGUGUGUGUGUGUGUGUGUGUGUGUGUGUGUGUGUGUGUGUGUGUGUGUCAGAAGGAUUCAUACUGUGAUUAUGUUACUUGUAAUUAUGUACUAUAAUUAUUAUUCAUACUUACGAGUGAAAUGUCCACCACAUAGCAAACGUUCUCACCAGUCAUGUAAUGUUAUAUGUCUAAUAUUAAAAUGUAGGUUUCCUCAUCUAAAGAUAAGGUUGAAUGUUAUCCAAACAUGCAGUGUGUGGGAAUGGCAAGAUAGUGAUAACAUUUGUCAAAACAAGUGUAUUUAUUUGCAGAUUUGUAAAAAGAGUGUUCACAAGUAGGAAACUUUCAAAUGUAUAUUUUUAUGAAAAAUUAUUUGUGUCUUUAUUUUCCCUAAGCAGAUCUAUUUUGUAAUAUCUCAAAUAAAAGUUUUA